AUGUCGUCUGACGAGAGUCGUUUGCGCGAGGCCGUCACGGCGAUCCUAGAAGCCGGCGACCUGGAAGAAUUGACCGAGAAAAAAGUCCUGGGUGACAGCGGAGAGCUUGUGAUUUGCGAGCUGUCUGGGAAGCGGAAGCUAACAGUGAGUGAGUUCAAGGGGCGCUUGCUGGUGUCGAUACGCGAGUACUAUGACAAAGGCGGCAAGGAGAUGCCUUCCUCUAAAGGAAUCAGUCUUCCCCCUGACCAAUGGGAUAAGCUGGUGAGGCACAUUGAUACUGUACAAGAGGCCAUUGACCACUUGUCAUAG